GGAGCACAGGCUCCGGACGCGCAGGCUCAGCGGCCAUGGCUCACGGGCCCAGCCGCUCCGCGGCAUGUGGGAUCCUCCCAGACCGGGCCGCGAACCCGGUUCCCCUGCAUCGACAGGCGGACGCGCAACCACUGCGCCACCAGGGAAGCCCUAAAGGCAAGGAUUUUUUGGUCUGUUUUAUUCACUACUGUAUCCUUGGCAUCUAGGACAGCAUCUAGCACACAGGCACUCGACGAGUUAUUUGUUGAAUGAACGCCCUAAAUAAAAGUAGCAGUAUUUAAACAAUUUAAAACCCCAUCAGGAAAUCCAAACACUUCUGUGGGCCGAUUGUGGCCGGCGGGAAGCCAGUUUCAGAGGCCCGAGUGGAUUACUGAACAUUUCCGGUUCCCGCAAAGGGCUCAGAGGUAUAUACGGGAGCCGAGGCCCCACCCCCUCUUAGGCUCCGCCCAACUGCGUCGACGCGCAUACAAUGGCGUCACUUGGAGCGACCCAGGCAUGCGCAUUUCACUAGUACGACUGGGGAAGAAACGCGCGCGACCCGGAAGGCCUCGCCGCAACACUCCAAAGCGAGCGUGAGGGGGGCCGAUGGCGGAGGGAGCGGUGGAAGCCCCAGCAGAGAGUGGUGGUGGUGGCGACCCAGGAGCCAUCGAGCCGGAACGGGGAGUAGCGUCCAUUAAACUUCAAUACCUAACCACCAAGGAGCACUUCCACGAAUUCCUGGAAGCCAAAGGGCAGGAGAAGCCCAGCCAGGAAACCGAGGCUGGAGACCCUGCUGGCAAUGACCUAGCUGAGCCUGAGGCCAAGCGGAUCCGGCUGGAGGAUGGGCAGACAGAGCACAGGCAGACAGAGGAGGCUGUUGAGCCUGGGGAGCAGCCACAGGCUCAGAAGAGGGCCCGGGGUCAGAACAAGUGCCGGCCCCAUGUGAAGCCCACCCACUAUGACAAGAACAGGCUCUGCCCCUCCUUGGUCCAGGAAUCCGCCGCUAAGUGUUUCUAUGGCGACCGCUGCCGCUUCCUGCACGACGUGGGCCACUACCUGGCGACCAAGCCAGCUGACCUGGGCCCCCACUGUGUGCUCUUUGAGACCUUCGGCAGGUGCCCCUAUGGUGUGACCUGCCGCUUUGCCGGGGCCCAUCUGGGGCCCGAGGGCCAGAAUUUGGUGAAGGAGGGGUUGGUCCAGGCCCCGCCCAUACGCAAUGGCCUGGACAAGGUCCUGCAGCAGCAACUGCGAAAGCGCAAGAUCCACUUCAAGCGUGCAGAGCAGGCCCUGCGCCAGCUGAGCAAGAGCCAGCUGCCAGGCCCCACUCCCGAAGCCACUGUCCCCGAGGUCAUGGAGGCUGAGGGUGCCCCAGGGCAGGACAGCUGUGACGCCCAGCAGGCCCCCCAGGGGCCGGGCACCGUUGCCUCUCCCAGUGGCCCUUUAAGGACCUGUGGGCCCCUGACAGAUGAGGAUGUAGUCAGGUUGCAGCCCUGUGAGAAGAAGCGGCUGGACAUCAGUGGCAAACUGUACCUUGCCCCCCUCACCACGUGUGGGAACCUGCCCUUCCGGCGGGUCUGUAAGCGCUUUGGGGCGGAUGUGACGUGUGGGGAGAUGGCUGUGUGCAUCAACCUGCUGCAGGGCCAGACGUCUGAGUGGGCCCUGCUCAAACGCCACCCCUGCGAGGAUGUCUUCGGCGUCCAGCUUGAGGGCGCCUUCCCCGACACCAUGACCAAGUGUGCUGAGCUGCUGAACCGCACCAUCGAGGUGGAUUUCGUGGACGUCAACGUCGGCUGCCCCAUCGACCUCGUGUACAAGAAGGGUGGGGGCUGCGCCCUCAUGAACCGCUCAGCCAAGUUCCAGCAGAUCGUCCGCGGCAUGAACCAGGUGCUGGACGUGCCGCUGACCGUGAAGCUCCGCACGGGUGUCCAUGAGCGCGUGAAUCUGGCCCACCGGCUGCUGCCCGAGCUGCGGGACUGGGGGGCCGCGCUGGUCACGCUCCACGGCCGCUCGCGGGAGCAGCGCUACACCAAGCUGGCCGACUGGCAGUACAUCGAACAGUGCGUGACAGCAGCCAGCCCCAUGCCCCUUUUCGGAAACGGGGACAUCUUGUCGUAUGAGGACGCCAACCGCGCCAUGCAGACUGGCGUCGCCGGGAUCAUGAUCGCCCGCGGCGCCCUGCUCAAGCCGUGGCUGUUCACGGAGAUCAAGGAGCAGCGGCAUUGGGACAUCUCAUCGUCUGAGCGCCUGGACAUCCUGCGGGACUUCGCGCACUACGGCCUGGAGCACUGGGGCUCGGACACGCAGGGCGUGGAGAAGACACGCCGCUUCCUCCUUGAGUGGCUCUCCUUCCUGUGCAGGUGGGAUCGGGGUGGCGGGGCAGGGUGUCUUGGGGGAGGCCCCGCCCAACCCUGUUCCCGGCGCCCCCGUCUGCAGGUACGUGCCCGUGGGCCUGCUGGAGCGGCUCCCGCAGAGGAUCAACGAGCGGCCGCCCUACUACCUGGGCCGCGACUACCUGGAGACGCUCAUGGCCAGCCAGAAGGCGGCCGACUGGAUCCGCAUCAGCGAGAUGCUGCUGGGACCCGUGCCGCCUAAUUUCGUCUUCCUGCCCAAGCACAAGGCCAACGCCUACAAGUAGCCGCAGGGGCGGGCGGGGGUGUCUGAGCGCCCAGCGGGCUCCCCAAGGAAUCAGAAGGCAAUAAAUUUUAUUCU